CCUGAUGUCGACAUGCCCAAGCGUCGACAGCCCCCAAAGCCUCUCCCGAAGGAGCUGCCGCUGUGUGAUGGGCCGAAACUUGGAUUGUUCCAGCACCACGGAUCUCGCAUUCAAUGGCUUGAGAGACUCAACAAGGAUGACGAGGAUGAGGAUUCGCCAACAGAGGGCUACGUAUUUCGCGCAAAAAUUCGCAACCGAGAAUACGCAAUCAAAGUUUUCAAAUUUCACGACCCGAGGAGCGACGACUACUUCUGGGAGCCCCUGGUGGGCGAGGACAUCAGUUUACAGACGGUCGCCUACUACACGGACCCUUUCUACGCUGAAUGCAGAGCCUAUGGUCGGAUUCAAGAAGCCAUCAAGAAAGGCUACUUGAAACCCGACAUUGUCGUCCCCUGCCAUGGAUUCUUCUUUCUCCAAGAAAGAGACGAGAAAAUCCUUCAAGGCCGCAACAUCGAUCUUGAGGCAGACCAGGUAGACCUAGAAUAUCAGCGUUCAACUCCCGGAGGAUAUAGACCCAGAGCCAUUAUCAAAGAUCUCGCAUCGGCAGAUCCAGGUAUCAACCAAGACAAUCUAUACCGGAUUCUUGGUGAUAUCGUAAGGCUAAACAGCCAGCGGGUUUUUAACAUGGAUAUCCGGCUCGACAACUAUAGGGACGGCAAGCUUGUGGAUUUCGGGUCCUCGUGGACAGAGCCGCACAUUCUCCUGGAUGCGUUGGACGAGGAGGCAGCUGACGAGUCUAGACUGGCGGAUCGGACUAAGUUCAGCCAGAUGGUGGAGGAUGAAAAGAUACCCAAUCCCAAGAAUGUUAUUAUAGCUGUUCAUCGUAUGAGGCUGAGGCCUCGACGGUUACGAGUUUAA